AUGGAACAAUUACAAGCCUCUACGAAUCAGGGGGUGGGUCAGAGGAUUCCAUUGUUCAGUCUUCCUUCAAAGAUCCUUUGUCGUGUUGUUCACACCCGGUUACUGGAAGAACAAGAAACAGACGAAGUUUAUUCACAGAUCACUUUACAGCCAGAAGCAGAUCAAACAGAGCCCAAGAGUCCUGAUUCAUGCCCUGAUGAGGCUCCAAAACAAUCCGUUCAUUCAUUUUGCAAGACUUUAACAGCCUCUGAUACAAGCCCACAUGGGGGGUUUUCUGUUCUCCGUAAGCAUGCCAAUGAAUGCUUGUUCCCAUUGGGUAUGAGCCAAGCAACCCCAACUCAGGAAUUAGUUGCUAGAGAUCUACAUGGAUAUGAGUGGCGAUUUAAGCAUAUAUUUAGAGGUCAACCCCGGAGACAUUUGCUUACAACAGGAUGGAGUAAUUUUGUCACUUCAAAGAGGCUAGUUGCUGGGGAUGCCUUUGUGUUUCCGAGAGGUGAUAAUGAAGAGUUGCGAGUUGGGGUUUGCUGUCUUGCUCGUCAACAGAGCCCCAUGCCCAUAUCCAUUUUAAACGCUCUUGCCCUAGCAAUUGUAAUAGACAUGACAAGUGCCUUUCAUCUGAGGUCUGCUGAUAUGUUAAUGGAUACACUGGCAUCAGCUGCUCUACUACUGUUUGUGAUGAAGAAUGCAGCCUUCAUGGAGGGGGUGGUGGCUCUGCUACAGCUUGCAGAAACUUUGCAGCUUAAUCUCAAAGCUGCCAUCAAGGAAGAUGCAGAUUGGUACAAACGUCUCAUGCCUACUUCAGAAGUGAUAAUGGGGUUGGUUAUAAAUAGAUCAUUGGUUAAAUUGAUACAGCAAGUAGUAGAUGAAGAUGGCUCUGUUAAAGAUUCUGCGAGCUCUGUACUGAAGCAAUCACGUGUGGGAAGCAUUAUAGAGUCACUCUCUGCUAUUCCAUUAAAUGAUGAGUUGCAACAGGCAAGGGCGCUUGAUAAUUCGUGA